AUGAAGCCUGACACUUAUCUUAGUAGUUUUGCUAGUAAUAGAUCUGUUGAUGUUUACCUGCAAAAUAAUCUCAUACUAACUGAAACAGAAGAUGAAGUUCAAAAUUGGUUCAAUGAUCUGAUGUUAGAGCUUCCAAAAUUUAAUAAGAAAUUUAUUGUUAAGGAUACACACGUUAAUCCAUAUCUUAACGUAUUUAAGCUGGAUUUAAGCAUCUUUCUUGAAGAUGAUGCCAGAAAUAAAACUUAUAUUUCUAUAUUUGUACAAACUCUUUUAGAGCUCCUUCACCUAUUGAGACAUAUUUAUAGUUUAAAGGUUUUUCAUCAUGAUAUUUAUUCAGAAAAUAUCUUGUUAGAUACUGAUAAUAAUUCGCUAAUUCUUGCUGACUGGAGAUCAGCAAUCCGUAAUCCUCCAAACGAUUAG